CAGCCGCGAGCCGCAGCCGCGUCCCCUCCUCCCGGGGCCGGGAAUGGCGGCGUCCGGCUCCCCAGGGCCAACUCCGAGUCCCAGCCCGGGGAGGACGCCCGGGGAGCCCGCCGCCACCGGCCCCUCGCGGCGGGAGCUGAGAAAUGGAAGUUACCUCAGGAAGGUCCCAUCUGCGAAGCUGGAGGCGGCGCGCAGAGCGGGCGGUCCCGGGCGGCCGAGCAGGUCCGGCGCGGCGGCGGCUACCGCAGUCCCCUCCGCCCCAUUGUUUCCCUUCCAAGAGGAUCCCGGCGAAGCCGAGCCCGGGAACCAGGAAGUUCCCCGGCGCGACACCUCCUGCCGCCGCUAUGGAAACGGCCCCCGCCUCCCAGAGCGGCUCGCCCGGGACCCCGCCUCCGCGCCGCCGGCCCCGCCCGCCUCACCGGCCGCCGCCAAACGACGCCGCAGCGGCCGCAGCCGCCGCCAUCUUGGCGCGGCCCCGGGCGGCCCCUUCCCGGCGGCACGUGCGCGCCGCUCCCGCGCUCCCGCCGUGCGCGCUUCCGCCCCCCUUGGAAACGCGCGUCCAGGACUGCAGGUGCUUGGAGCCCCUCGGCGGGAAGCAUGCGCGGGAGGCCCAGGACCCAGAGCAGGGCUUCGAGGCAUGCAAACGAGUGGCACUGGCGUGUCCAGCCGGCAGAUCAGAGGAUGGAAGAGACAUGGGGAAGUCAGCAGAGUACGGGGCGAGAGCAUAGUCUCCCAAGCCAGCCUGGCUUUUUUCUUCCUUUCUGACUCAACUGCUUACCAAGUGUCAGACCUUGGAAGCUUUGCUCUGUGCCUCAGUUUCUUCAUCUGUAAACUGGGAUGACAAUACGACCUGCCUCAUGGGGCUGUCCUGGAACAAACGAGUGCUUGGUAAAGUCUUUGUUUCAUGACAAGGUGCUGGCACAGAUCCCACUUAUGACACCAAUAAAUAGUACACAGUACGUAAGCUGUAUCACCAUUCUAAAAAUCAAAACUUCUGAUAUCUGAGAUAUUUCUGGUUUCAGACCUAAAGAAGUCUCUAUCUUCUGAAGAAGACCUAAAGUGAACUUUAUUGCACAGCAAACUUUAUUGUAUUACUCUACAAUAGAUGUAAUUGAACACUCUCUGGAGUUAGACCACCUGAGUUCAAAUCCUGGAUCUGCUAUUUGCCAGCUCUAACACUUGGAUUGUUUGCAAAACCCCCUGCCUCAGUUUAUUUUUCAGCAAAAUACAGAGAGUAAAAGAAACGACCUCAUAGGGUUCUUAUGAGAACCAAAUGAGAUCAUGCACGUAAAAUGAUUAGCACAAUAACUAGUAGUUAGUAAACACUCAACAAACAUUAACUAUUAUU